UCAGAUCAUUGUCAGGACACGAGAAGAGUCGAUUGUUGUGAGACAGCUUAAAAAGUCAACUUCGGCUUUAAAAAGACAGGACUACACGUGAAAAUUCAGCGAGAGCCUCAAACUAACAAGGACUAUGAUUGCGCAUCACAUGAUGGCCCUUUUCUGGGGAGUAUGUUUGGUGACUUUAGGACAGAUGACAUACGGCGAGGCUAGCGUCCCUGAGAACCUGGACAAGAGCAUCGAUGAGCUUAAAGUGUACUAUAUAAAAGAUGACCGCGAGCUACACAAUGCACAUCCUGUCUUCCUACGGUUCCUUAAAGACAUAAAGGUGAAUCUUGAGGAACCUGAGCAGAAUCUCUUGAUGAGCAUCAUUAUGGAUACAUACAGUAGGAUAUUCACUCAAAUGGAGAAGGAUAGUCAGGAUGAAGCUACAAAAGAAAAACUAGCACAUGUUCAAGAGCAUUUGGAAAAACUGCAAGAAAACUACUUCCCAGGCAAAAGUGCAGAGCUCAAGAAGUAUGCAGAAACUCUAUGGGCGAUCAAGGAAGAUGACCCAGUCGUCCAGCGCAAAGCAUUGUUCGAGCUGAAGCGUGUCUACAGAGAAGCAACUCAACUGAAGAACCUGAAGAACAAAGAGCGCAGGAGACGACAAGCCAGAAUCACAAUAAAGCAAAAGUCUUAAUAGAUCUUGAUCACCAUUUAAAAGAAUGGUGGAAUAUCAGUGUUAUUUAUUAUAUUUAUUGAGGUUACUGUAACUGUUUAAACUUACAUUAUUUAUUUACUUAUUUAAAUUACUUAUUUAUUUGAAAAAGCACUGUAAACCACUUGCUAGUAACAUAGCAAAAUUUGUAAGGUCUGUGACUGAAUAAAAUGAUUUUUGAUAA